AAAGUAAAACCUAAUUCCUUUCCUUGAGGCUUGAGAAAACAUGGAUCCAAUUACUACAUUGUUAUACGCCUCUUUAAUCUCCAUCCUCUUUGUUGCCAUCAUAUUAAAUUUUCUCUCAUCUCAUAAACGAUUAAGGAGAAACCUACCUCCUAGUCCAUCGCCCACUUUUCCGAUCAUCGGACAUCUUCAUCUCCUAAAUGACCUCCCUCAUCGGACCUUUCAAGAGCUCUCAGAAAAACUAGGCCCUGUCUUCUCCCUUCAACUGGGAAACCGGCUUGCUGUGGUUGUAUCUUCCCCGUCCGCUGUGGAAGAAUGCUUCACCAAGAACGACGUCGUUCUAGCAAACCGGCCACCUUUUAUUUCGGGAAAAUACUUUGGCUACAAUCACACCACCAUGACCCAUGCACCUUACGGGGACCAUUGGCGAAACCUGCGCCGUCUCACGGCUGUUGAAGUUUUGUCCACCGCCCGCCUCAAUGGUUUCUUAUCCAUUCGACAAGAUGAAGUCAAACAUCUACUUCGAGGCCUUUUUGAAGUGUCUUCUUCCAUGUUUGCAGCCGUGGAUAUGAGGUCCCGGUUGUCGGAGCUGUCAUUUAACGUCAUAAUGAGAAUGGUUGCCGGGAAAAGAUACUUCGGUCAAGGAGAACUUUCGGAUUAUGAGGAGGCUAAGGAAUUUAGAAAUAUUGUCCAAGAGGUUUUCAAACAAGGUGGCUUAUCAAAUGCCGGAGACUUUUUACCAAUUCUAAGAUUAUUUGAUUAUCAGAAUCACGAAAAAAGCUUGUGCACACUUCAGAAGAAGAUGGAUUCCUUUCUCCAACGUCUAAUAGAUCAACGUCGACUUUCCAAUGAUGGGAACACAAUGAUUGACCACUUGCUUGUUUUGCAAGAAAAACAACAAGAGUACUAUACGGAUGAAAUCAUAAAAGGCCUUAUACUAGUUAUGAUACUUGCCGGAACGGAUACAUCAUCAUUGACAUUAGAAUGGGCAUUGUCACUAUUAGUAAAUCACCCUGAGGUAUUGAAGAAAGCGGUGAAAGAGAUAGAUGUCCAAAUCGGCCAAGAUCGUAUGAUGGAUGAACUUGAUAUUGCUAAACUCCCUUAUCUUCAUGGAGUGAUCUCUGAGACCCUUCGAUUAUUCCCAGCAGGACCACUCCUCCCCCACAUGCCGUCGGAGGAUUGCAAGAUUGCUGGAUUCGACGUGCCUCGUGGAACGGUGUUACUGAUAAAUGCAUGGGCCAUUCAUAGGGAUCCUAAUGUUUGGGAAGAAGCUGAACUGUUUAAGCCUGAGAGAUUUGAAGUGAAAGAAGCUGAAGGAGGACACAAGCUAAUACCAUUCGGGAUGGGGCGAAGGGCUUGUCCUGGAAUAGGGCUAGCACAACGUGUCUUAGGGUUCACAUUGGGUUCAUUGAUCCAAAGCUUUCAAUGGGAGAGGUUAAGUGAAAAUGAAUUAGUAGAUUUGAGUGAAGGGAAGGGACUCACCAUGCCUAAAGCUCAACCACUCGAGGUCAUGUGUAAAGCUCGUGAUAUUUUGCAUAAGUUUCUUUGAUUGUUUAUCUUAU